GCAUCAGAGCAGAACUAGUUCAAAGAUUGGCCAAACCAACAAGUUUUGUAAUUGCUUAAAACAGCAAAUCCAAGGGCUGAGAAUCUCGGCUUUAAGCAUUCAUUAAUCAAGCCUGUUAAAUAAUUACCUCUUCGCGGCUUCUUGUCGAUUGUUCAUGACGAUAACUGUCCACGACACUGUUCCAAGAGCCAUCCUGUGAUGACAUAGGGGACAAGCCUGCUACACCUCAGCUGGUGGGAAGGACUUCAGCAUGUGAGGAAUAUUUAAGAGAGGAGGAUUCCUCCUUGGAAGUAAAUGAUCACAAGAAUAGUUCAAAGUAGGUAAAAUCUGAACAGAUAGAAGAAGCAGUGAAAUCCUCUCUGAACUCUUUUACAGGAAAGUAAUAUCCUCUGCAGCUACAAAUAAUGACUCCCCAGCUGAAGACUCAACUGAACAUAACCCCACGACUCAUCCAGGGGGAUCUGAAAAGCCUGUCUCAGGAAGUGAGAUACUUCAUUGAAAGCAAUGCCAAGCUAUGCCAACCUGCUAGAAUUCAUAUCUGUGACGGCUCAGAGGAAGAGAACAAAAACAUUCUGGAUAUCAUGGUAGAACAAGGCAUGAUCAAGAAGCUAAAGAAGUAUGAGAACUGUUGGUUGGCUCUCACUGAUCCAAGGGAUGUGGCAAGAAUUGAAAGCAAAACAGUAAUUAUCACUCAGGAGCAGAGAGAUACCAUUCCGAUCCCUAAAACUGGAACUAGCCAGCUGGGUCACUGGAUGUCAGAAGAAGAUUUUGAAAAAGCCUUCAAUGUCAGAUUCCCUGGGUGCAUGAAAGGGCGUACAAUGUAUGUCAUCCCUUUUAGUAUGGGGCCCAUUGGGUCUCCUUUAUGCAAGAUUGGGAUUGAGUUGACAGAUUCACCGUAUGUGGUGGCCAGCAUGAGAAUCAUGACCCGGAUGGGAACAGCCGUCUUGGAAGCCCUGGGGAAUGGAGAGUUUGUAAAAUGCCUUCAUUCGGUUGGGUGCCCUUUCCCAAUAAAAAAACCACUAGUAAACAACUGGCCCUGCAACCCAGAUUUGACUCUGAUUGCUCAGAUUCCUGAUCGCAGGGAAAUCAUCUCAUUUGGGAGUGGUUAUGGAGGAAACUCCUUGCUGGGGAAAAAGUGCUUUGCCCUCAGGAUUGCCAGCAGAAUUGCCAAGGAAGAGGGCUGGCUUGCUGAGCACAUGCUGAUCUUGGGUAUCACAAACCCAGAAGGUGAGAAGAAGUACUUUACUGCAGCAUUCCCCAGUGCAUGUGGAAAAACUAACUUGGCUAUGAUGAACCCAACUCUGCCAGGAUGGAAAAUUGAGUGUGUUGGGGAUGAUAUUGCCUGGAUGAAAUUUGAUGAGCAAGGUAAUUUAAGGGCAAUCAAUCCAGAAAAUGGAUUUUUUGGAGUUGCUCCUGGGACAUCAGUAAAAACAAACCCCAAUGCCAUAAAGACCAUACACAAGAACACUAUCUUCACCAAUGUAGCAGAAACCAGUGAUGGAGGCAUAUACUGGGAAGGCAUUGAUGAACCACUUGCACCAGGAGUGACAUUGACUUCAUGGAAGAACAAGAAGUGGACUCCAGGGAAUGGGGAGACUUGCGCCCAUCCCAAUUCUCGAUUCUGCACCCCUGCCAGCCAGUGCCCAAUCAUUGACCAUGCCUGGGAAUCUCCAGAAGGAGUGCCGAUUGAGGGCAUAAUAUUUGGAGGCCGUAGACCUGUUGGUGUGCCUCUAGUAUAUGAGGCCUUUAGCUGGCAGCAUGGUAUAUUUAUAGGAGCAGCUAUGAGAUCUGAAGCAACAGCAGCUGCUGAGCACAAAGGAAAAAUCAUUAUGCAUGACCCCUUUGCCAUGAGGCCUUUCUUUGGCUACAACUUUGGCAAAUAUCUUGCCCACUGGCUUAGCAUGGCACAUCGCCCAGCUGCAAAACUGCCCAAGAUCUUCCAUGUGAACUGGUUCCGAAAAGACAAGCAAGGAAAAUUCCUGUGGCCUGGUUAUGGGGAGAACUCCCGUGUGCUGGAAUGGAUGUUCAACAGAAUCCGUGGAGAGGCUGAUGCCAAGCGAACUGCUAUAGGCUACAUCCCUGCUGACACAGCCUUGAACCUGAAAGGCUUAGAAGGCAUUGACAUGACAGAACUAUUUGAUAUCUCCAAAGAGUUCUGGGAAAAAGAGGUAAUGGAAAUCAAGAAAUAUUUUGAAGAGCAAGUUAAUGCUGACCUCCCUUAUGAAAUAGAAAGAGAAGUUCUUGCACUGGAGCAAAGGAUAAAACAGCUGUAACUGAUCAAAACAGUUCUGAGUCCACACAUAAUGAAGAUGACAAGCACACUUUACUGGAAGCACACUAAUACAUUGAUAGGUAGGGGGGCAAUGCUGAAAAAUAUAAAAAUUUUCAUUCUAAAAAGGAAAAUCAAGGUUGUUAGUCAGCUUGAACUCCUGGACAUGCCAAAGGUAACUUCCAGCCCAUGGGUUUAGGAUUACAUGUGCAGAUGACCCUUAAGACAUCUGAAUGAUCAUUUUCAUGCAUAAUUACUAUAAUUCUGCACGCAAUCAUGUGUACAGAUUACUUGGAUACAUUUUUGCAUGUGCAAUUCUGAAAACACAGACUCCAAUGUUUUCGAGAAUGCCUGUUUCUGUUAUAAUGAGCAUUAAAGACCCAGAUGAAUUUGUUUUUACUGUAGUGAUGUCAGUUACAAUAAAGAAAAAAAACCUGUAAGCUGUAUAUAUGUAUUAUCUAGCUAUAUUUUCUAUCUUUAAAAAUAUUUGGAAAGAUUACUUACCAAAGUGAAAGAUUAUUUUGUAUUACAAAUGCAUAUUUAAAAUAUUUUUAUUUUAUGUCUCAUAUUUCGGUGAUUUCCAGAUGUUUUGC